GAAGCGUGCGGCCGCGCACACGGAGUUGGAGCCAUGGCCUCGCUAGCUGUGCGUGUGGUCGUCGUCGGUGCGCUUUGCUGCGUCCUCCGCUCCGCUGUUCAGGCAGCUUCGUGCCCGCCGCUGCGUUCCACAACGGUGCUCGUGGAAUGCCAGCGCAACGGCGAGCCCUUCGACUGCACGACGCAGCCCUCCGCGCCCGGGACCGUGGCCUGGUUCCGCUGCAGGGCCCUGCACCAGCUCCCGUUCGGCUUCCCGCCCGCCGCCGGCUCCGAGUCCCGCUGCGAGCCGAGCGGGGCGUGGAGCGUGCGACCCUUUCGCUGCGUGCCGAUUUGCGGGCGCCCCACGGGCAGGCCGACGGCGCUGGUGCGCGACGGCGAGGCGGUGGAGUCCGCCGCGGACUACCCGUGGCACGUGACGGUGUACGACGUGACGCGCGACAUGAAGCAGAUCUGCGGCGGCUCCCUCGUCACACCCAAGUUCUUCGUGUCUGCCGCGCACUGCUUCCACGACAAUGACCGGGCCCUGCCCGCCGGACAGUACAUGGCGGGCUUUGCCAAGACCAAGAGGAGCGCCAACGUGACCGAGCCCCAGGCACAGUUUCGCCCGGUGGCCCAGAUCCACAUGAAGGACUACGGUGCCCGGAAGCUGCACUACGUCAACGACAUCGCGCUGGUGGAGCUGGAGGCCGAGGUGGCAGUGACGGCGUGGACGCUGCCUGUGUGCGUGGACUGGGGACAGGACCUGCCGGACCUGCGCAGCGGCGAGGAGGGCACGGUCGUCGGGUUUGGCGAUAAUGCCCUGGCGGCGAGUGAGACCCUGCGCUUCGCCAGGUUGCCGUUUCUACGCCGGGAAGACUGCCAGAAGCUCGUCAUCGACAAGCUCGCUAUCUUCAACCUGCUGCCCGACAAGUACUGCGUCGGCUUCCUCAACAACACCUCGGUGGCUCCGGGCGACAGCGGGGGCGGCAUGGCCUUCCCCAGCGAGGACCGCGCGUGGUUCCUGCGCGGCAUCGUGUCCGUCGGCAGCUCUACGGAGACCACCUACUCGUUCUUCACCAACGUGACGGCCUUCGUGCCGUGGAUGGCCGGCAUCAUCCGCCAGGGCGUGCUAAGCAGCCGGCGCUGCGGCGUGGACGUAGCUGAGUCAAUCGCGGUGGACGGCGCCACCGCCGACCGCCAGGACUUCCCCUGGGAGGUGGACGUUUACUUAAAGUGGACUUCGAACCGCGACUUCGAGAGGCUGUGGCCUGGCGUCCUGGUCAAGCCCAACCUGGUCAUCACGUCAAAGGGGCGCUACCAAUCGAAAUACGAAGAGAGAUACUCGUUCGAACUGUCGGAGUACCCAGCGUCCUGGUUCCGAGUUGCUUCGAGCCAUAACUCGCCGCCGAUGCUGGCGGACAACACUGGAAACGUGAGUGAGGUGGUGCGGCUGUUCUAUCCGGAAGACGUCAUCAGCAAAUCCGGCGUCCUCUUCAGUUUUGCUCUGAUGGAGCUAAAGCAACCUCUGCACCUGAUGCCAGUGUGCGUGGACUGGACCGGUAGCGCGCAGCUACAGAACGGGCACUUUGGAACGACUUACUUCGAGACGCCACCCAACAACACUCGAGUGUGGAAGCGCUACUCACUCGUCAACGCCAGCGAGUGUGACUACGUCUCGAAGGCGUCCUCAGCGGGCCACCAUUUGUGCAUUUUUCACCAAGGAGGGGAGUCGCGCCACCGAUCUCGCAGCCUAUUGGUCAACGUGGACGACGCGUGGUACCUGCGUGGCAUUUGGUUCUACUCGGACGCGCGAAGGACUGGCGGCUCCGUGGCGGUCUACACGGACAUGAGCCACCCGGAUGUGCUGCAGUGGCUGGACACAACCGAAGACAAGCUCGGCGAACCCGAGUGCGGGCACAUGACCCUGUGCGAGCCACUCUCGUCGUCCAGGACUGUGCCGGGGCACAUGCCGUGGAGUGUGGUGGUGGGUGACAGGCAGGGCCACCCCGCGGGGCCAGGGCAGCUGGUCCGUUUCAACGCCGUGCUCACGACUAGCAGAGUCUUGUACAGGGCCACAGGGAGUGACGGCACUUUUCAAGCCGAAGACACAGCGAAAAUUUUAGUAUACAUCACGGAGAAGAACGGCACAUCCAGAACUGCGUCGGUUGUGCGGGUGAGCGUGCACGAGGAGGGCAUCCACUUCUACUCCAACGCCGUGCUCCUGGAACUGGCCCCCGAGGACGGCGCCUCCUCCACUCCGGUGUGCCUGGACCUGAGCGGCAAGGUGUUGCAGCCGCUUGCCCCGGGGGAGAUGGGCUUGAUCCAGUUGUGGCACACGUGGAUUCCAGCCAACCACAGCAUGCUCGGUACGCCUGCCUUAAGCCCAGGGGACUGCAAAAGGAAGGCAUCAGUUACUCCCAACGCUGCGUAUCCUACAAGAUUCUGCUUUCAGAAACUGAAAGCCGCCGGCCCGCCGGUGGAGCAAGGAAGCGGGUACCUGGUGACCGACGGCUACCUGUGGUACCUGCAGGGACUCAUUGUUGACAAUGGCGCCGAUCUGUCGGGUAGCGAAGUGCGCGUGGCCGCGGACCUCCGCAACGAGAAGCUGCGCGCCUGGCUGCGGGAGAAGAUCCACGAGUUGGGAACCCCGGAAAGAGUGCACUUUGUUGACACUGGCCGGAAGGACUGCGUGGGCGGGCGAUCCUCCGAUUUCCAGUGUGGCGUGAGGUCCAAGGAAGAGAAUUCGCAAUUGGCGUUCAACACUCGAAGCUGGGGGACGCAGGACCACAUGCACUGGAACCUCCACGUGCACGUGGACUACGGGGACAAGGGCUGGAGCGUGCACGGGGGAGCCUUGGUGAAGCCCAACAUGGUCCUGACGUCUGCGAGGCACCUCGUCUCGGAAACGACGCCGAACACCACUGCCCACCCGAUUUCAACCAGCCAUUUGAUCGUCAAGUACACCUCGUUUGUUGACUUCACGGACAUACGGAGCACACGCAUCGCAGAGGUGGACCGAAUCCACCUACGGAAGCGCCCGACGAUCCACGCACAGGACUUCUCGCAUGACCUCGCCCUUCUCGUGCUCAAGACCACCGUGGACCUGACGCCAGUGUGCUUGCCUGAGCCCAGUUCGCUGGGCCACGAGUUGCCGCGGCUCGCAGCGGGUUCUUCUGGCGUGGUUGAGUACAUCAACGACACUGCGACAUCGGCGGACCGUGGUUGGAACCGAAUGAUCCCCGUCAAUCUCUUCGCCGCGGAAAAGUGCGAGGGCGUUUUGAACGACACCGACGACCCCAUCCACCAACCUCAAGACGAGUUCUGCAUUGUGGUUAAAGAUUAUUCCGGUGAUGUAGUAAAGACCAUCAGACCGCUGGGCUACCCGCUGACAGUCAUCACGGACGGCGUGUGGUACCUCCGUGGCGUGCUGGGUGGCUCGUGGAAGAGCGACCGCUCCUUCACCAACCUAGACGACCCCGACGUUCUCGAGUGGCUGGCCGCCGAGAUGCGCGACGCCAUGCCAGAUGGUCCGGGUGACAAGAAGGAACUGGAGCAAUCCACCUCUGGCACAACUACCUCCGCGACCAAGGUGACCACCGCGGCCCCGAUGAACACGACGACCCUCCGCUCGCUGCCCACCGAGUCACCACCACCCAACAAUCGUUAGAUUAAAACUCGUUGAGACGCA